AUGUCAUGCAAAAAACUAAACAGCGUAUCCAACAUUGGGAAGUCGGUUUCUUAUCAAAGGCAGGUAGACAUACACUUAUCCAAAGCAAUUUGGAAGCUAAAGAGUUCGUACCUCCUUCCUAGUUACCUCUGCUCAUCUUCCCUCCUUCCUAAUGAUGUAGCUAAAGAGUUAGACUCCCUUCACCGAAAAUUCUUUUGGAGACAAGAGAAAGAUAAAAACUGCAUCCCCCUUAUCGCUUGGGAUAAGAUUUGUAGACCAAAAAAUGCGGGUGGGCUAGGUCUCCGACGAACAAUGCCUCUUAACAACGCAUUCAUUGCAAAGUUAGGGUGGAAAAUUAUCUCCGAACCUAAUAGUCUAUUGGUUAAAAUCAUUAGAGAUAAAUAUCUCUGCAAUAAAUCCUUCUUUGAAUGCAUUCCAAAUGUUAAAGAUUCUUAUAUUUGGAGGAAAAUCCUUGCCCAAUGGGAAAUUUUAAGAAAAGGAAUUCGAUGGAAGAUUGGAAAUGUAAUGGAUAUACACUUUUGGAUUGAUAAUUGGGCCACCAACCAAAGCUUACUUGAACUGCGUACUUCAUAUGGAUCCAAAUCAAGUAGAGUUAGACACAAAAGUGUCAGACUUCAUUCUCCCUAA